CCACUGAAUGAAUCCAGUCAGACACAAGCUGUUAAACAGCACAGCCUCUCUCUCUUUCUCCCUCAUCAUCUCUUGCUCUCUCUCUGUCCUUUCCUGUCUCAGGAGCAGACAGUCAGUGGAGCAUCGGCACGGCAGCGAAACCACACAGGACCGACGGCGGAGAGAAGAGGACAGCAAACCUGGCUGACAGCACCACAACAUUAAGAACAUUGACAGCGGUGAAUUAACUGUAAUGCAGUUCAGAUCAAAGCAGAAGCAACAGAUUGCCCCCAGUUGCAAUUGUUGCUGCAACUGAUGCUCUCCCGGUGGACCUGGGCUCCGAAACGAAGCUGAUUUGCAACAGCUCCAGCAGCCGACGUCUCCUGGGUUUUUGCAGUUUAUCAGUGUGAAAGAAAUGCUUUUGCGUGAGGAAAUGACAACGCUGAGUAACGAAAAGCUUUGAUUCAGUCGGGAAGCAACAAGCUGGGCGUCAACAUCACCUCUACCACCAGCGUCUCCUCCCAUCUUCCUGCCUUAAACGGGAUCCGGAGAAGACCAGGCAUCCGAGCUGUGAAUGCACAAACAGGAGGAGGAUGUUAGACUGACGUGCAGAGAGCAGAGUUUAGGGAGUUUUGCUCUGAAACUAAGAGAGCAAGAUCAGGGUUUGUUGGUGUGAAGAAGGAGGGAAGACGGACAACCAGACAACAAUAAGUCCAUCAGACUGUCACCUGGACUUCUGAGGAUAACGAGGGAUGAAGAGGAGGACGUACGCCAGCGUCAGCUUUAGUGCAGAAGCAAAACAAGAAUCUGAAAACUAGAGCAGAAAUGACAGGAAGAGAACGAUUCAACUCUGCUCUGCACAGAUAGAUAAAGAAUAAACAAGGAUUCAUCCGAACAUUUAACCUCACCUCAAGUGAGCAACCAACUCUCACUUCUAAAGGAUGUACGUGCACCACCGGAGCUCGCAUUUUGUCUAACGUAAAGACAAAACAUCAAAUCUUCGUGCUGCAACUAAGUUUUUGCACCGAUUUUAUUCGGUGUGAGGCACCUCUGGGGUUCUCGCUCGACUCUUCUUUUCGGGGUGAGGUGGAUCUGCCGUCGGGGGCAGCUGACAGCCAUCCAAGACGCCGCGAGCCGUACUCCGCGUGAAGAAUGCCCAGCCGCGCUUGGCCAAGCCGGCCGACCCGGGGCCGACGGCGGGCCUCUACAUGGAGCGGUCGCAGAGUCGCAUCAGCCUGUCCGCGUCCUUCGAGGCCCUCGCCAUCUACUUCCCCUGCAUGAAUUCCUUCGACGAGGAUGAUGGGGUGGACACAGAGGGCAGGAAGCUGAAGGGAGGCAUCCAGAGGAGCACGGAGACGGGUCUGGCUGUGGAGAUGCCCAGCCGGACGGUCCGGCAGGCGAGCCACGAGUCUAUAGAGGACAGCAUGAACAGCUACGGCUCCGAGGGGAACCUCAACUACAGCGGCAUGUGUCUGGCAUCGGAUGCGCAGUUCAGCGACUUCCUGGAUGGGAUGGGACCCGCCCAGUUUGUUGGCCGACAGACGCUGGCGACGACGUCCAUGGGUGACGUCGAGAUCGGUCUGAUGGAGAGGAACGGCGGUCUGGAGGUGGAGGUCGUCCAGGCCCGAGGACUCACCAUGAAACCAGGCUCAAAGGGACCUCCAGCGGCCUACAUCAAAGUUUACCUCCUGGAGAACGGGGUCUGUGUGGCCAAGAAGAAGACCAAGUCAGUGAGGAAGUCUCUGGAUCCUCUCUACAACCAGGUCCUGGUCUUCUCUGAAAGCCCGCAGGGGAAAGUGGUGCAGGUGAUCGUUUGGGGCAACUACGGACGGAUGGACCGCAAAUGCUUCAUGGGAGUAGCUCGAAUCCUAUUGGAAGAGCUGGACCUCAGCACAAUGGUGAUUGGCUGGUACAAGCUCUUCCCUACCUCCUCCAUGGUGGACCCAACGAUGGCGCCACUCAUCCGCCACUCCUCCCAGAUGUCCCUGGAGAGCACCAUCGGGCCCUGCUGUGAGCGAUCCUAAGACUCAAGAAAAAUGUAAAGUUUUAUUGUUGCGACUCCACUGCUGUCUCAAUCAAAUCCUUGGACGCGUUUUUAUACAUGCUGUAGCCCGGCGCCCGGGUCAGCCGGGUGGUCCUGCCCCUGGAGCAGGUAGGUGUUAAGUAUCUUACUCAAGGGCACUUUGACAGGUCCAACCACACCUGGGACUGAACCACUCUCCUGAUUGGGAAAUGACUUCUUGAACUCGUAGGUCAUUUUGGCACUCAUUGGAAAUAAUUCUUUUGAUAUUGUAUCAGACUGUUUCCUGAGACUCACAGGAAGCACAUUUCUUUUGUUGUUGCAACCGAGCGCCCCUUUAGACUCACAGGAAAAGAUCUCUUUGAUGAGAAAACAAAAACCUACUUAAUGAGGAUACUUCAAAGGAGUCCUCCUCGGUUGCCGACAUUGAUCACAUCCUAUUGGGACCACGACUCACUGCGGGCUCAGCUUCGCUUCAGCUACGCGCCUUCACCGCCUACAUUCGAUUCUCAUUCCCAGGACUGCUUGUUGUCUUUCUGCGUCCUCAUUAAGGGGCUGUACGGCUCCUGAGUGUUAUCUGUCCGUCCACGAGUCCGGAGAGAGUGAGACUGCCCUCAGACUGUUUGAGACACCAGCCUGGGGACAGCAGACUGUAGGUGAUUUGAUCUGUGCGCAGCAGGACUACAGAGGGCUUUUAAAAAUGAUUAUUUAUAUAGCUAAAUAGCUAUAUAUAACUUAUUUGUUUUAUCCAACCAAGAUAUGUUGGUUUCAAACACUGACUUGAGCUGUUUUUGGUUUUUGUGUCGCACAGUUGGCCCUUCAGUGUUCAGUUAGUUCGGUACUUCGUGUACAUUAGUGGAGGCAUUAAUGGAAGUCCCUUUCAUCGUCUGGAAAGAUCUACAUCAGUACUUGGUCUUGGGGAACCAGAGUCCUGCUGUCCCACCAGUUACUUCAUUACAUUUACCUGCAGGUAUUCUGGGUGGAUUGAAGGGGAAUUCAUUAUUUUCUACCUGGACCCUAUUUACACAUGUUUUUGUGUAUCAGUGAUUUAUGGGAACAACAGUUUUGUAAGUCCCUCCAGUACUGAGAGACUGCUGCAGUAAUUUCACCACUCGGGGCAUGUUUGCACUGUCGAUUGGACUGCUUAUAGCUAAUCCACUUUGCCAAAUACAAAGUGGGGAAGCUUCGACAGUGAAUAUGCCAUAGCUAUGGUGGCCCUGAGGGUCAAAACACAACAUUUCAGAAAACAAAACAACAGUUCAGAAAACACAUCAACAUUUUAGAAAACACUACAAUAUCACCCAAAACACGAGAACAUUUCAGAAAACAAAAUAAUUUUGUUUUUUUGAAUGUAGUUUUGGUUUUGGAAAUGUAGUGUUUUGGGAAAUGUUAAGAAAUGUUGUUUUGUCCCUCAGGUUCUCCGCACCCAGGUACAACAUAAUCUCUCCGGACGUGGUCUGGGUAUCGGUACUCUGUACCUAGUCAAAUGUUACCUGCAUUCGGUCCUUUGUUCGCAGGUGGUCUGUCCCAACUUCUCAGCAGAUCAGCAGAUUUUCUGUUACAGCCAUCCCCAAAAGCUGCUCUCCAAACGGUCAGUUCAACAUCUGCCUGGUUAGCACGAGCUACACAGCUGCAGCAGCAGCAAACAUUCACCACCACACUGUUAAACGUUCCUGAAAAACUCACGCUGACACCGAAGCGUCUCAUCUCUGUCGUUAAUACAUAUUUGCAAUAUUUAUAAUUCAAGCACUUUUAAUGGAUGUAAGUACAACGGUGCAAACAUACCCCAAGUGGUUACAUUACAGCCUGUGUUGGUGCUGCUGACUGCAGCUGUCUCACUCAGCAUCGGACCAGUUUCAAAAGUUGUUGUUGCCAUUUGUCACUUGGACAAAAAAACAUGUGGAAAUAGGUGCCAGGUUAAAAAAUACUGGACUUAACCUUUAAGGUUAUUUAAAGACAAAACCAGCAGGUUCUGGGCUCCCAGAGAUCAUAUAUGACCCAAGAAUCUGUACAUUUUCAUUACAGUCAAUCGCCACAUUAGCUGAUUUCAGUGAUUAUUUUGUCAUUUCUUGUGGAAGGUGCCGAUCAGAUGAAUCAGCUAGUGUUGUGUUUGGAAGGAAUGGAAACAUGCAGCCUCGUGGGUUUUUAGAAAAAGCGAUCCAAGUCCCCAUUUUACCUGGCUGUUGCAUGAAUCUGUAGCAAAUCGAUCAAAUAGAGAUUAAAUUCACCCAAGGCACACCGUGAACAAUUUGAAAUCUGAUUGCCUGAAACACCUCAGGAGGUACAUCUGCUUUGCCAGAUGGGGGGAAAAUGUAAAAGUCUUUGAUGUGUAUCAACCAGAAGCCUUUCUGGUGCAUACAUAACCAAAGUGGGGAAAAUGGCAGAUAUUGAUAUCUAUGCCAUGGCCAAACUAAAUUUUAUGCAUGCAAAAAUGUCUUAGAUCCAUAGAUGCACGUGACUUAAAAAUGCAAUGUGGUUCAACUUCAUCAGGAUACAAUGUAGAUGCAGCUGGCAUGAAACAGCCAGCCGUGAAUGGGGUCGGAAGUGUUAAGGGUGUUAUAUCGUCAUUUGGUUAAGUUCUGUGUUGUUCAAAAUUUUUACAUCCACCUGGUCGUGCAGGCAAACCCAGUCACCAGCAUAAAUGUUUGGCAUUGUAGAUUUCUGCAAACCUCGGACAGGUUACAUCUGUAUGUUAUUAUGUAGCAGAAACAUUGAAGCGUUGUUUCCUAACAUUUCUUUAUAUUGUGGUUAACGUUAGGUUUAGGCCCAAACCCCACUAGGUGGAUUAAUAAAUGAUCACCUUUUGGCUUAAAAUAACUGUUAUGGGGGGCAUUAUCUCAGCAGCAAAUGCAGAGACGUCUCAGUAAAAAACCAAUCGCUUUUUGGUGUAGAGAACACAGCGAUGACUUGGUUAAAAAAAAAAAACACUUUUGUUGCAUAAUCUUGGCAAGAGAGGCAGCGGUGACUGUAAAAACCAACUACUUUUCACUGCAUUUUUUCGGCAGGAAAUGCAGCAAUGAAUCUUUAAAGAACAAAUGCUUUUUAUGGCACUUUCUUGGCAGGAAAUGCAGUGAUGACAGUAAAAAAAGAACAGUUUUUGCGGGGGUUUUUUGGGGGGUGCUAUCUUGGCAGAAAACACACUAAGUCUUGGUAAAAACGCUUUUUGUGGCACUAUCUUGGCAAGAAAGGCAGUUACGACUCAGUAAAACCCAACCCCUUUUCUCUCUGUAAAAAACAACCGCAUUUCGUGGCAAUAACUCAGCAGCAAACGCAGCGAUGACUUGUUAUAAGAAAAACUUUUUGUCGCAGCAUCUUGGCAUGAAACGUGGCGAUGAUUUGUUAAACAACAACAACCUAUUGUAGCCAAGAUAAGGCUCCGUAAAAACCAAUCGCUUAUUAUGGCGCCAUCUUGGCAGUAAAUGCAAAUAGCCUUGUUUGGUUGCUAAAAGGCUGCUGAAAACACAGUGAUGACCAGUUCUCAAACAAUGUUUUUAUUUUGUCAAACAGUGGUCUGCAGCUAGGCAGUUGUUUUGCCUAUGUGUCAUACUAUCCACCAUUCCCUCCAGCUCCCGAUAACAGGGUCAGCUGAUAUACUAUGUCCCUUCAGAAACAUACACGCGUAACAUAUCCUUGUUUUCCAGAAAUGUGCAAUGCCAAUAUUUUCUUCUGGUAACUGGGCUGUGCAGACCACAUCGAGUGCAGGUUGGAGAUAUUGUACCUGUGUUGUAGCACUGGCACAUGAUGCUAAAACAAAAUGUUUCCAGAAGCAUUGAGGAUGGUCGCCUGGCUGACAGCGUCGGGCAGAUAUCUCGCUGUAUAUCCCAGUUUAAUUGUAGUUCAGAAUGCUCUUCUUCUAAUAGUCUAGAAGUAGAUUUUUGAGAUUCCUCCUCUUUUUUUAAAAAAAAGCUUUGGCAAACAGUUGUCUAAUAACAGUUUCUACUGUGCCAAUUUCUACCAGCAAGUGUCUUCUCCUUCCUCUUCUUCAAUUACCUUGCGGCAUUUGCUAUUGCGGAGGCAGGAACAGAAACGACCACUCACAACAUCUGACAGUGGUAUUCAGGCUGUGCAGAGAAGCGUCCCUUUUAUUCUAAAUUACAGCCCUAAUCCACAGACGGCCGCGGCACCUGGUGAUUAGCCAUGCUACGACUCAGCAUGGAGAGAGGAAGAGAGGGAGGAAAGGGAAAGAGAGAGGAAGGAAGCAUGAAAUGUACUUUGCAUCACCCAAACAAAGGAUCUAUCUGGACUGACGUAAGGUUUCACAGAUUUAGAAAAAAAAAAAAAAAGGACACAAAAAUAGGAUGAAUUUAAAGGGAACACAAUGUGCACACUGUAGAGAAAUUUAUAGUUUAUUGAAAAACAAAAGUAUUUCAUUUGGGCACUUUAUGAUUCUUUUUUAUGUGUAAAUAUUGUGGUUGUUAGUGUCUUUUGGAGUGAGCCAAAGUUAAUCUAUAAGGAUUUAGUUGAUUAAUCUUAAAAGGGAGUGAAGGGAUAUCGUCGCUAGUUACCGUAAGAUUGUAGCAUUAGCUGGUAGCAUCCGCAUGACUGAUUAAAACUUCUAAUAAAUUAGCAGAUUACUUGAUAAGACUAAGCAUGAGCUAUACGCUACACAGAAAGCAGAGAACUGAAUUACAGUAUGUUAACUGAGGAAAACAUACAUAUGUAGCAAUUUAAUUCAGAUUCAAAGUUUACUGAAUUUCAUUUUCGUUCACAAUUAUCGAAAUAAUAGAAAAAAAACCAACUUUUUUGUUUUUUUAAACUUUCAAGCAAGAUUUCAGAACCAAUUUCUCUUAUACUAAUCAACUAAUAUUUUAAUUAAACCAGGAUUUGGAGUAAUUUUACUCUGAAGAGAAAAAACUUGCAAAAGUGGCCUCUGUUUUUGCCAGUAGCAGUGUUGCAGGGAUAUUAAUACUGUAUUUAUUUCCAAACAAAUCAGCUACAUUCUGUAAAGCAAUAAUCAAACAACAUCCAGUCGUUGCAGUUUUUCGUUGCAAAGUGAAAACUGUGGAAAAUGGCGAUCUUAGCCGGUGAUUUCCACUGCAGUCAGAUUUAUCAAGUGUAAUGUCCCACGAGACAAUUUCUUGUAAUGUAUGUUUUUAGAAAAAUUUGUGAUUCUAAAACAUGUAAAAGUCAUUGAGUGGUGCAGGGAUGACGCUCUCUGUAGGCCAACCCGGGAGUGAGCGUCGCCUGGUUCCCUCGUCAGAAAUCCUAAAUCCUCAUUCAGUUGGCAUUCACAUCCAGGUCAAAUGACAGCCAUGGGUAUUUAUCGCCUCUAGCUUCAAUCAGCAUUGGUGAAAACAUAAAAUGCUAAUUUCGUCUCCUUAACUGGCGAGAUGGAAUGACGCACCAACACUAAUUACUGUUCGUCUCUCUUACUGUUCGAUCCAAAUUAGUCUUCACCAAGUCUGAAAGAGAGACUUAAG